AUGGCAAAACUGGACAAUAAUAAGUUAGUUUCUGACAUCACUAUUCCUGGUACCCAUGACACCAUGGCCCUUUAUGGAGGAUCAAUGGCAGAAUGCCAGUCAUGGUCACUAGAAAACCAGCUGAAGGCUGGGAUACGCUACUUGGACCUCAGAGUGUCUGGCUUUAAAUUAAAAAUUAUGCAUGGAAUUGUUUACCAACAUACAUCAUUGUCAGACGUUCUCAGCACAAUCAAGCAGUUUUUACAAAAAUCAACAAAUGAGUUUGUGCUUGUCAGAAUUAAGCCAGUUUUUCCUUCCAAGAAAAGUGUUCAGAAUUUAGUUGAGGAUUUGAUUGGAAAUGAUAACAAUAUCUGGAAAGAGUCUAAAAUUCCAACGGUUGGUGAAGUAAGAGGAAAGAUUGUGUUAGUUCAGAAAAACGGAUUUAAGCUGGGUAUCAGUUUGUCUGAAACAGACAGUAAAGGAGAUUAUAAAGUAACUAAAAUUGAAGACAAGAAGAACAAGAUUAUAAAGCAUCUGGAAGAAGCUGAUAAACAAUGUAAAUCUAAAAUUAAAGAAAAAAUGAGUCUGGUCUACUCAAGUGGCACAAGCUUAGGUACAUAUAUGGGUAUUUGUUUAUUGCCAAAUGCAGUGGCAAGGGAAAUCAAUCCUUGGUUAUAUGAUCAACUUAAAAAUCAAUUUAAUAAGAAUCCCAAGCUUUGUUUUGGGAUCAUAGCCAUGGACUUUCCAAAUUUUGACUUGAUUGAUAUGAUCAUCAAAUUCAAUACCUAA